GAGGUGAAGUUUUCAGUCCCACUAAAAUAGGCCACCGUUUUGGUCGUUUGGAUGUGAGUUUGAGCAUACAUUCAUCUCUUUUCCAGCAAAUCAAUCACAAAAUCCUGAUCCGAGUGCGUUCACCAAGUGAUGUGGCAUAGCUGAUACGGGACUAAAUCAUUCAAAAUGAUCGAUUCUUUGCUGGAUCUACGCUCGGUCAAUCUGAUCAAUUUUCUGUUCGUGCAGCUGAUUGUGAUUAUUGUGGUGCUGGGCGGUUUGAUUGCCACCAUAGAAAAGUAUUUGCCAACCGCAAUCAGGCAAACGUUCCGCUACGGGAAACAUGCUCUCAAGGGACCCCAAGACCGUUUGGUGUCCCUGUUGGAAGUGCCGAAGUCAUGGUUCAAGCACUUCUACGUGUUUGCUGCCGUUUGGUCCACGGCAGGGUUCUACUUCAUGGCGAGCAAUUACUUCGCUGGACAACCUGCACCCAGCUAUGUGAUUGACUUCCUCGACAUUAUGGCCACCACGAAGCGAACUGCUAGAACCACUCCCACCGAAACAAUGGUAGCCAUCACCCUAAUAACGCUACAAUGCUGGCGAAGGUUUUACGAAACUUGGUUCGUUCAGGUGUUUUCCAACAAGCUGAAAAUGAAUCUGUCCGCCUAUCUGGUGGGAUACAUCCACUACUUUGGCACGGUAGUCGUUAUCCUUUCGCAAGCCGAAGGAUUCAUACGUUCGGAUGGCCUCCCACUGCCAUACAGGUUCGAGCUGACCCCCCGGCUAGCCUUCUGGACCGGGGUGUUCUUCUACGCCUGGCGCUACCAGUUCCAGUCGAAUCUGAUUCUGGCCAACCUGCGGAAAGACCGCACCGGAAAGGUGACCAACCAGAAGCACUCCAUACCGCGGGGUGGGUACUUCGAGCUGGUGUCGUCACCGCAUAUGUUCUUCGAGAUUGUGAUGUACGUUGCCCUGUAUGCAAUUACGGCGAGGAACACGUCUGCGGUGUACGUGCUUGCAUGGGUGCUAUCCAAUCAGACGAUGAAUGCAUGGCUGACGCACCAAUGGUAUCGGGAGAAUUUCGCUGACUAUCCGGCCCGGAGACGUGCCGUGUUUCCUCAUGUGUUGUGAUUGUGCGGGCGGCGAGGGACGCGUGGCUGAUGGGUUUACCCGGUUCGAAACGGAUGUUUUCCUCUCUGGGGUGGAAGGAAGAAGGUAAUGUGGGGUUUUACGAUUCAACGCAAAUUGUUUCGCUUGCGGAUGGUUUCUUGUGCCGGCGUUGCUUCAUGGGUUCGGUAUUUGCAUUGGCAAAGUGUGUGCUGUUUGUUUCUUGUUGUGAUGGAUCGAGCUGUUUGCAGAGUACUACGCAGCAUAAUGUACUUCAAAUACAUUGGGAAAUUGCAACACUAUUAUAAGUUUUUUUGUAAUCAAAAUUGAACCACAUUUUUAGAUAAUCUAACUUGAUUCCACACAUCGUGAAAAUGGUAGAAUUUUUUAGAAAUCAACCAAAGUUUACCUGAUUUUUUAUUAAAUAAAAAAUCUUCUUUAGCUUAGUGAAUUUUAGAAAUUUCCAUCGGUGUUAGAACAUUAACAAAAUAUUAGUUAAUUUUCCGUAAAAUUCUAUGAAUGCCUUUAUAAAAUGCAAAUACUACAAAAAAUCUGGAGUAACACUUGUGCUUGAAAUAUUUCGUUUUUGCAAGAAACGUUCAUACAUUGUCAUACAGUUCCACCCUAGAACACAAAUACAGAGUUUUAAUGAACAUUUUUAUAAUUUAUUUAAAGUAAUUUUACUGGGAUGUUGAUACUGCCUCGAUGAAUUAGUUUUAUUUAUUAUGCAAUUAAAACAUAAAAAA